AUGCGUUCUAACAACCUUUUCCUGCUCGCCAGUUUGGCGAGCUACGUCCUCGCUCUUCCCACCGACGUGGAGAGCCGCCACCUCAAGGUGGGCGCUGACGUCGAUAUUGGUGAUCUUUCCAUUGGUGCGGGGAUUUCGAUCGAUGGUGGUCUCGAUUUGAGCGGGCUCAUCAGUGCUAUCCUUGGUGGACAUGCAAGCACCACGACCCUCCUUGCUGGUUUGAGUGCUCAGGCAGCCGCUGCCCUGCAGGGAGGUGCACUUGGUUGCAAGGCAGGUGCGAUCCAUGCCGCCGCCAGGGCUGAACUGGCCGCCUGGCUCCGUGCUGAGGCCGCCGCUUUCCUCGAUGCAUCCAUCAAGGCAUCCCUUCUCGACUGGUGUGAAGGUGACGCGUCUGUCUCCCUUUCCGUGGAUGUCUGCGCCGGACUUUCAGUGCUGAUCCCCACUUGCGCCGACAUCGCCGCCAAGGGCGACCUCUUUGUUACCAUUGAGGGUAUCUUCUCCUCCGCCGAGGUUGCCGCAGAUGUUGUCCUGAGCGCUUCCGCCCAAGCUUCUCUGUCCGCAUUCCUGUCUGGGUCUGUUGGUGCUGCCCUCGACGCCAAGGUUAGGGCUGGUCUCGGCCUUUGUGCUGGCGGUGGUGUCUUCGUCGACCUGGCCGCCGAUGUCCAGGCCGCCCUGAAGGCCUGGCUCGCCAGCUCCGAAUGCAGCCUGUCUGCUUCUCUGAAGGUUGCUGUUUUGGCUUGGUUGGAGGGCAAGAUUGGCGCCGAUGUUAUUGCCAUUGGCUCUCUGCCCAGCGGUGGUCUGGCAACGAUCUCCGCUGGUGCUUCCGUCGCCGCCCUUGUCGAGAAGACUGGCAUCCUCUCCGCCAGCGCCCAGGCUUCUCUCGCCGCCUUCCUCAAAGCUGACAUUUCCGCCGGUCUUGAUGCCCACGUUCAGGCUGCCCUCGAGGCUUGCGCCAAGGGCGGUGCCGCCGUCUCCGUUGAUGUUGAAGUUCGUACCGCUCUCGUCGCCUGGCUCACCAGCUCGAGCUGCUCGCUCGGCGCUGAGCUCAAGGCUGUUGUUCUGUUCUGGCUUUCGUUCGCCCUCGAGGCCGAUGUCUCCGUCAGCGUGUCCACAGGUCUCCUUGGCGAGCUCACUUCCUUCCUCACUGGCACCAUCGAGGCUACUCUCGGCGCCGUUUUCCGCGGCGUUGUUGCUAUUCUGACCUCCGGCGAGAGCAUGGCCUCCUUGUCUCUUGACGCUCGUGCCCAGCUGGCUGCUAUCCUUGGUGGUGCCGCUGGCAUCGAGAUCGACGCCAGCAUUGAAAUUAUCCUCAUCGGAUGGCUUACCGGCUGUGGCCACCUCCCCAGCGGCUCCAGCUUCACCAAGACUGGUGUCCCCAGCCUUCCUUCAGCUCCUGCCGCCUCUGUUACCGGUGUGCCUUCUGUCCCCGCUGCCACCGAGACCCCUUGCGAGACCUCUGUUUCUGAGACUGUUGUCCCCAUUGCUACCAAGACCGAGGCCGGUUCUAGCAGUGCUGCGGCCAUCACCGCUGCUCCUACUGGGGUGCCUUCUAAGGCCCCCAAGGUGGUCACCCUCACCACCACCGUCACCGUUGCUGCCUGCGACUACUAG